AUGAAAUCGGAUGUCUUGAUGCGGGCUCAACAAGGUGAAUUUAUCCGAUACCACAUUCUGAGCACCGAACAGGAGAUCAUUUCCCCCACGUACCGGACUAGUUGCAUGAACAUGUUAAAUGUCACGGUCGGCCUCGAUGAACAAGGCCCCGGAGCGAUGCCCCUUAUUCUGGAAGAAAAGCAGUCUAGAAAGGUAGCCAGUGUCGGGUACGGACUUGAAAAAGCUGGCUUUGUGGAUUGUUUUGAAUUGCCGGCCAGGAGCCAUCAGUGUCCCCAGCCUAUUCUAUCCCCUCCGUCGGCCCCGUGCCUACCAAUUAGCAAGCCCAAGUCGUCAAUCUCUGCAGAUCCUCUUCUAGCCGACGUCGUCAAUUCAUGGAUGAAUGAUACACACGAUAACAGUCAUUUCCUAAACGGCGAAGCAAAGCAACUGUGGGAUGUGGGAAUAAUACCCGAAAGCGCUCUUUAUACCCCGCCAGAUACAACUCUUCUCACUUCCUGUCCAGGCUUUGGAAUCUCGUCACCCACAGAGACCAUUUCCACACCUGUAAUGAAUGGGACGACUCCCUGCUAUUCGACACCCUCUACUAUGGGUUCUGGCUCCUCACCUGGGGGGAAACUCGCAGAUGUUAGACCCACAUCUCGCGAGCUGCUACGGUCUCUUUUGGAUGGGUGGGACAACAAUAUGUCGCUCGGCCUGCACGCCCUUGGACUUCCCGUCGCUUGGAAAGGUAUACAAGGAAUGGUCAACUACCUUAGAGACCUCGACGCGGAUGAAAAAAAUACUUUCCUUGAUCCUGACGCAAAGCGUAUUGCAAUGGUCUUGCUGUACAUCAACUACGAAGAGCCCUGUACGAACCAUGACAGAUACUGGCCUGCUCUUAAAAAGAAGCGUCCCAGUUCCCACGUCAUUACCUGCACCCUGCAAGCGUAUCACGAUGAUCCUUGCAAAUCAAAAUCAGAGAAAUCUCGUCGUGAUCAGAUUUCAGCCAGUUAUGCGAAAUGCGGUAGGUUGUGGUGGAUACUUGCAGGGACACUGGGAGUUGGUAUCCUUAGCCAAUUUACUCACGUUUCCAGCAAAGAUGCUUCGUUCAAUGAGGAUAAAAUCAAUGCCCUCGUCACUUUAGUCUUGAACACUCACUCAGGCACUAUUUGCACCUUCCAUGAGUUGGAGCCUGUGGUCAAAUCUCUGAUGUUUGGACAGGUCACAGAAGGUCUCCGUCAGGCCAUCCUGAACGAUGAGAUUGGCAUAUUCGGGAGACGGAGGAUGGCACAUACCCAAGCCGAGAAUGCGGCAGCGAUAGCGCGCCAGCGGACUGAGAACCCUUGGACAAAUGUCGAUGCCAAACAUAUUGCGAUGGAGAAUAUGGCGAAAUUCCUCACUAACGUGCUGUAA